GCUGUCAGAAGUCGCGCACUUUUACGCUUCCUUGAGGUUUUAUAUUUAGCAAACCAAACCCUUUAUGUAGUCUUCUUUUUUUUUCUUACAACAUUUCUGAUUUCUUAAUUUGAGCGCUUCACAGGGCAUCCGCGGAGCGCCAGCACAGACGAUGAUUCUCGGUCACCCUGCUGCGGUCCUCGCUGGAGCUUUGAGAUUUCAGUAAGCACUGCGGGACCCAGAACUGCAAAACUGUUUGAAGUAGAGGGCUUCCUCUUGUCCCACGCGCCCAUGGAAGGCGAUGUUAUGGAUAAACUAGAUGACAUGGCCUCAGUGUCCGAAUUCGACCCUAUCACGGGGGAUAUUCCCGCCACCAAAGUGGAGAUCACCGUCUCGUGCAGAAACCUGUUAGAUCGAGACACGUUCUCAAAGUCUGAUCCUUUGUGUAUUCUGUACACUCAGGGAGCAGAGUCUAAGCAGUGGCGUGAGUUUGGGAGAACUGAAGUCAUCGACAACACCCUGAACCCAGACUUUGUGAGAAAGUACAUCCUGGACUAUUUCUUCGAGGAGAAGCAGAAUUUGCGCUUUGACAUAUAUGACAUUGACUCCAAAAGUCCUGAUCUAGCCAAACACCCCUCCGAUUUCAACGACUUCCUGGGUCAGAGCUUCUGCACUCUGGGUGAGAUAGUGGGUUCACCGGGCAGUCAUCUGGAAAAGCCUUUGGGUGGCAUCCCUGGGAAGAGUUGUGGUACCAUUAUUCUCUCUGCAGAGGAACUCGGAAACUGUCGAGACUGUGCAACAAUGCAGUUCUGUGCCAAUAAGCUGGAUAAGAAAGACUUCUUUGGCCGCUCUGACCCGUUCAUGGUGUUCUACAGAAGUAAUGAGGACGGAACGUUCACUAUCUGCCAUAAAACUGAGGUGGUAAAGAAUACGCUGAACCCCGUCUGGCAGCCGUUCACCAUUCCUGUCAGAGCACUGUGCAAUGGAGAUUAUGACAGGUCAAUUAAAGUGGAGGUGUACGACUGGGACAGAGAUGGCAGUCAUGAUUUUAUCGGGGAGUUCACCACCAGCUUCAGAGAGCUCUCUCGCGGCCAGAGUCAGUUCAACGUGUACGAGGUGGUGAAUCCUAAAAAGAAACUUAAAAAGAGAAGAUACAUCAACUCUGGCACAGUGACACUGCUUUCAUUCUUGGUGGAAGCCGAACACACGUUCCUGGACUACAUCAAAGCAGGCACUCAGAUCCAUUUCACAGUGGCUAUUGAUUUCACUGCAUCCAAUGGGAACCCUUCUCAGUCUACCUCCCUGCAUUACAUGAACCCCUAUCAGAUGAAUGCAUACGCCAUGGCGUUGAAGGCCGUGGGCGAGAUCAUUCAGGACUAUGACAGCGAUAAGAUGUUUCCUGCAUUGGGCUUUGGAGCCAAGCUUCCUCCUGAUGGCCAGGUUUCCCAUGAAUUCCCCCUGAAUGGUAAUGUAGAUAACCCAUACUGCAAUGGGAUGGAAGGCAUUCUAGAGGCCUACCACGAGAGUUUGAAGACUGUCCAGCUCUAUGGACCCACCAAUUUUGCUCCUGUCAUCAACCAUGUAGCAAGGUAUGCUGCAGCAGUUCAAGACGGCUCGCAGUACUUUGUGCUUCUCAUCAUCACAGACGGUGUGAUAUCAGAUAUGGCUCAGACUAAAGAAGCCAUCGUCAAUGCGGCAAAACUACCUAUGUCCAUCAUUAUUGUUGGAGUUGGACAUGCUGAAUUUGAUGCCAUGGUAGAACUGGACGGCGACGAUGUAAGAAUAUCCUCCAGAGGAAAGCUGGCAGAGAGGGAUAUUGUACAGUUCGUUCCAUUCAGAGACUACAUGGACAGGACGGGAAACCAUGUCCUGAGUAUGGCACGGCUUGCCAAGGAUGUCCUGGCCGAGAUCCCGGAUCAGUUAAUCUUAUAUAUGAAGUCAAGGGGCAUCAAGCCCAACCAGACACCACCAGACUACAGCCCACCUGGGCUCAGCCCAACCCCCACCGUAUGAGUUUAUCCAGCCUGCUGAAAGAAAACAGGCGAUGUUAUGUCACCACCAAUUUGGAUCUCAUUCAAAGCCAGUACAAUUCAUUCAGUGUGAGGCAUCUAGGAAAGCGGAUGGUUUCAAUUCCGAGUUUUUGGAUCUAAUACACUGGAAAAAUUUUAAACUGUAUGUGUGUUCUGGAGUUUGAACUGUAAAGGGCGGCUCUUAUUGGUUUGUGAGUUUGUUUCCCCAAUCAUAAUUUCUUCACAAAUUAGCCAACACUAUGAAAAUCUAUAAGAUC